CAAAGGACUCCUACCUGCCAGAUCUCUGGCUUCCUGAGAAAGCUGCCAGCAGCCCAACCUUCCGUUGGGACGAGGGGGGGGGGGUGUUUCCAGAGAAAGCCUCUCCUGAGAGGUGGAGCUUUCCCACCACAGCCCAGCUCCCAGCAGGUGUAUAAAGAGCAGGAGAGCAGCUCAGGAACAGCAGCCUUCAGACCUCCAGCAGACCUCAGCCAGCCGACCUCUGCCUGCAGACACGUAGACGACAUGCCUUCCAACACAGACAACGAUUGCAUCACUGACAUCACUGUUUAUAUAGAAGAGGGUGACCCAACUAAAGUAAAAAUGAAAGAACAGAAAUUAUCUAAAGAUGGCUUUAUCCAGAUCCCCGUCAAUCUGACCAAAAGAGCCGAUGGUUAUAAAAUGUACAUGUGGUACAAAAAGGGAAAUGAUAAACCAAUCACCAACAUCCAGUUCAGCUUCAGUGAUGAUAUGAAUAAAGGCCUGAAGGAAGCAGGGUACAAAAAAGUUGAGGCAAAUCUAAAUUACAAAACCGGUGGAGAUCCUCUCCAUCUCUGGUACAAACGUGGUCCUUCAAAGGGAGAAUCUCCCAUUACCGACCUCUUUGUCACCACAGAGCAACAAGCAGCUCCCCAGCUGUAUCAGCUGGGCUGGGAUAGGCUCGCCUGCAACAUGAAGAGGGGAACUUCAGCAAGUCGGAUCUUCCUGUGGGUGAAGAGAAGAGAACAAACCUACAUCUCUGAGAUUAGAGCUACAGCUGGCUUCCAAGAUGACGCUAACCAGUUUCAGGAUGGGUUCUUCAGAGUGGAUGAAAACACCAACGAGGGUGCUGGAGGAGACAAAGUAUUCCUCUGGUACAAACUGACCACUAAUCCUGACGAAGCUCUCGCAGAUCUAUCAGUCUCUGUGAGUGAAGCGGAGGGGAAGAACCUGACGGAGCAAGGUUUUCAAAAAGUUUCACAGGAUCUGAAUGCGGGGACCGGAGGAAGCCCGAUAAAUGUGUGGUACCAGAAGAAAAAUGGAUCCAAGCCCAUCAAGACCUUCACUCUGAUUGACGGGCCCCUUUACAAGCUGCCAUGUCAGAGGGCGGGGCUCCAGGUCAUUGACAAAAAUCUCAAUGAAGGCAAUACAGGAGCUUUUCAGUACCUGUGUUUCUAUCAGUGAGCGUCAGCACAGAAGCCAGCGGCCCUGAGGAGGAAAAGAAAUUGUUUCAUUGCUUUGGUGGUGGUUCUAUUGGUCGGGGAAAGAGUUUAAACUCAAAUCUCUCCUUUUAUUAUUGAUUCUGGAGUCAUUUAAACCAGAUUUUCUUUCUUUCCUGUAACCCUCAUGUUUUAAAGAAUAAUAAACAUCUAUCA